AUAGAUCAUCGUUGGGACUCGGGGCAGUCGGAGAUUAAAAGUCGAGGGCGAAUUUGGAGGGCCGAGCUACGUGAGCAACUUGAGUGCACUUGUUUAACAAACAGCGCACUUUCUGUCUCCCGGUGCGAAAGAAAACGUUCUCGAAAGAAAUUGCAAAUUGUUCUUUAGAUUUCGUGGAAAUUUACAUUUUUGUCCAGAACAUAAGCUAGUUUCAGCCGAUUUUGAGAUGGCUGCUAUUAUGGAGCCAGCAGUCGCUGUGAUGGACUUAGAAUCAAAAUCGAUGCUUAGCACGGACGAAGAGGAAAAAAUCGAUGAAACUAGUAUUGCUAGUAAUGAGGAUACUGAAAAUAAUUCUGUCGCUAGCAGUGCAGAGGAGAAGUCGGUUAUUGAGGAUGAUUCUGCAGUCGAUGCAAAAAGUGAUAAGGAUGAAGUAACUGAAAGUUCGGAGGAAGCAAAAGUGGAGGACGACAAAUGUGUCGAGGAAGCGGAGGUCAAGAUACGUAAGAAUCGAGGCCCGAGAAAGGUAGCUAAACCUGAGACGCCGCCCAGUAAUGGACACUCGACGGGACGGGAGAGAAAGAAGGUGGAACGUUUCUCGGUUCCUGCCAAUCCUGUGAAGAAGGAGAAGAAUCUUGCCGUAGACAAACCAGGAAAGGGACAGAAACUUGGGGAUAUUCCAUUCAUUGCGGAUAUGCUAAACAAAACGACUCAAAAAAAUUUACUCUAUCUUCAUCAAGCUUGCUUCGGAGGACGCGCUAAACAGCGAGAAAUCAAGAGACAGCUCCGCAUUUUCUCUGGUUUCCCAUUUGAUUCAGAUUCUAAGGAAUUCCAGAUAAGACGAGCCACUAUUUCAAAGUGGGAAACAAAGACAUUCAAGCUCAUGUUCUCAGUGCUCGGACUAAAGAAUGAGCAUACUAAAGAGAAUUUUGUGACAAAGCUGAUGGAGUUUUGUUUGAAUCCGGAGGAUAGUAGGCAAGUACCUCACACUCCCAAGAAAUCAAAGGCCAAAAAAUCUGGAAAUAAAAGCAAGUCAAAGAAGUCUGUAUCAAGAAAGAAGGAAUCAACAGGUAAAUCCAAGAAGCGCAAACAUGAUUCAGAUAAUUCAGAUGCUGAAAAUGAAGAUGAAGAAAAGUUGGAUUCUGCUGGUGGGAGUGAUAGUGAUGAUGCUGGUAGCGAACCAAAAGCAAAGCGCUCAAAACAAGCCUCAUCAAAGAAAAUUACCAAACAAAAUGAAUCAGAAGAAGAAGACGAUAAAAAUGACGAGAGUCUUAGCGAAAGCGAACCUGAAGUUGAUAGUGAAGAUGAGAAGAAAAAUAAGCCGAAAAAGAAACCUGUUAUCGCGAAAAAGGGUUCUGCAAGUUCAAAGAGGAAGGCUCCAGUUCAAAGAAAACCUAAAAAGAUUGCAAAGAAACCGAAGUCCGACUCUGAGUCUGACGAACAAUCUGAUGCAGAAAGUAGUGGUAACUACGAUAUCACCACCAUUUCAAAUCAUGAUUUGAAAAAGCUAGUUCAAGGAAUAGUAAAGAAGGCGGAUCUGAGCACAUUUUCCAUGAAAAUGGUAAUGGGACAAGUCAAAGAAAUCUUUAAAGUGGAACAACUGGAUUCCGAGAAAAAACUAUUCAUCAGGUCGAUGGUCGAUGAGAUCUUAGGCAAGCGCAAGGGCGACUAAGAAGUAUGGAUAUAACACAAAUACAAAAGAACGAGACCUGACAUCCAUAAAGUUUAAUAAUAUAUUUUAAUAUCCUUAAUGGUUAUAAGUUUUCUAUAUUUCACAUUAAUUGUUAGUUGGUUAAAUUUAAAUUUGGCUUUAAAGGCAUUGACAUCUCCAGAGUAAACUUUUCAUGAAUUGUCUGAUACUUUGGUUGAGUAUAACUAGAAAUUGACAUUUAUGCCAAAGUUUCCAAAUCUUUUAGAAAAUUACUUGGUGUCAGUAUCUCAGUAGAGCCUAAGAAAAAAGUAAUUGUUAUUGUUUAAUGUGUGCAAUAAUAAGCAUAGUAUACACUACUACCUGGUAUUCUUACUAUAUUUAUUUAUUGUUAUUGUUAUUUUUCUUAUUAUUUUUCAUAUUGAAUGCAUUAACGAAUAAUAAAGGAUGAAAGGUACUCACCGAUUACAACUUCCCA